CUUUGUAUUUUGAUGCUAUUCGCUGAUAUUUUUUUUUAUCGUACCUCAUGCGUAUGCGUGUAUGAAGUAACUAGCAAAGGCUAUGGAUUCGCAUAAUUUUAAAUGGCAUUAAAUCUGAACCUUCAAACCCAUGAGGAGUGGCGUCUUUCACGCGCAAGCGUACUCAUCGUUUAACGGGAACGGACAGUCGGCUGUCAGUGCUCGUGCAUAAGUUGAGUCCAGUAGCCUACAGUCAAACGAGUGAGGGAAACAGGGGACUUCCACCGAAGAUAGUUUAUAAUGUGUCUCCACUUGCUGUCUUUUACCGUUGCUUUCGGUUUGGCGAGUAGAGAAAGAACAGUAGGCUUAACGCUUUAAAAUUCAGUCAGACAGCGUCGUUUUAUUCAAGAGACUUUUGAAUCGCUCCGUCUGACAGGACCAAACGCUCAGAAUAACAUAUUCAGCAAAGGAAAAGUGUUUGUUUGCGCGCCGCAUCCUCGCGGCGCUGUGACCAUGGGCAACCGGGGGAUGGAGGACCUCAUCCCGCUGGUGAACCGCCUGCAGGAUGCCUUCAGCACCAUCGGACAGAGCUGCAACCUGGACCUGCCACAAAUCGCGGUGGUCGGGGGUCAGAGCGCAGGCAAAAGCUCUGUUCUAGAAAAUUUCGUGGGCAGAGAUUUCCUGCCAAGAGGCACAGGGAUUGUUACAAGGAGACCACUUGUCCUCCAGCUCAUAAGUGCAACCUCAGAGUAUGCAGAGUUUCUGCACUGUAAAGGGAAGACGUUUACAGACUUUGAUGAGGUUCGACGGGAGAUUGAAGCGGAAACAGAAAGAGCCACAGGAGCAAAUAAGGGCAUAUCCUCCAUUCCCAUCAACCUACGUGUCUACUCCCCUAAUGUUUUGAACCUGACCUUGAUAGAUCUUCCAGGCAUAACUAAAGUCCCAGUAGGAGAUCAGCCCCUUGACAUUGAAUACCAGAUCAGAGACAUGAUUAUGCAGUUCAUCUGCAGAGACAAUUGUCUCAUCCUGGCUGUCACACCCGCUAACAUGGAUCUGGCUAACUCUGAUGCUCUUAAACUGGCCAAAGAUGUGGAUCCUCAGGGCCAGCGCACUAUUGGUGUGAUCACUAAGCUAGAUCUGAUGGACCAGGGCACGGAUGCCAGGGAUAUACUGGAAAACAGGUUACUGCCACUGCGCAGAGGUUAUAUUGGUGUGGUAAACCGUAGUCAGAAGGACAUCGAUGGGAAGAAGGACAUCAGUGCAGCUCUGGCUGCAGAGAGACGGUUCUUCAAGUCACACCCAGCAUACAGACACAUGGUGACCUGCAUUGGCACACCAUUACUACAGAGGGUCCUCAACCAGCAACUCACCAACCAUAUUCGUGAUACAUUACCAGCAUUUCGGAGUCAACUGCAGGGUCAGCUUCUGUCACUGGAUAAAGAGGCAGAGGAGUACAAGAAUCUGAACCCAGACAACCCCUCACGCAAGACCAAGGCUUUAAUACAGCUGAUACAGCACUUUGGGCUGGACUUUGAGAAGAGGAUCGAGGGAUCUGGUGAUCAGGUGGACACAGUGGAGCUUUCAGGAGGAGCCAAAAUCAACCGUGUCUUUCAUGAGCGCUUUCCUUUUGAACUUGUCAAGAUGGAGUUUGAUGAGAAAGAAUUACGAAGGGAGAUCAGUUAUGCCAUUAAAAACAUCCAUGGCAUCAGGACAGGCCUUUUCACACCUGAUAUGGCCUUUGAAGCCAUAGUGAAGAAACAGAUUGUGAAACUGAAAGGACCAUGUCUCAAGUGUGUAGACUUGGUGAUUCAGGAGCUCAUCAGCACAGUACAACAGUGUACAAACAAGUUAGGGACCUUUCCUAAACUACGGGAUGAGACAGAGAGGAUAGUCACCACACACAUUCGGGAACGAGAGAGUCAAGCCAAAGACCAGGUUUUACUCUCACUAGAGAUUCAGCUCUCCUAUAUUAACACAAACCAUGAAGAUUUCAUCGGAUUUGCAAAUGCGCAACAGAAACCCAAUCAGAAGAGUAAGAAGGCUUCAGCAGGGAACCAGGGUGCCGCCCCUCCUCCACCCAGUGAAAUUGUGAUCCGCAAGGGCUGGUUGACCAUCAACAACAUCAGUCUGAUCAAAGGAGGGGCCAAGGAGUACUGGUUCAUACUCACCGCUGAAUGUCUGUCCUGGUUUAAAGACGAUGAGGAAAAGGAGAAGAAAUACAUGCUUCCUCUGGACAACCUAAAGGUGCGAGACAUAGAAAAGAGCUUCAUGUCCAGCAAACAUGUAUUUGCCAUCUUCAACACGGAGCAGAGGAACGUGUAUAAGGACUACAGGCAUCUGGAGUUGGCAUGUGACAUGCAGGAGGAGGUGGACAGCUGGAAGGCCUCUCUGCUGCGGGCCGGGGUCUACCCUGAGAAAACCGCAGUGGAGGGAGAGAGUUCAGGACAUGCAGAGAGCUUCUCCAUGGACCCUCAGUUGGAGCGGCAGGUCGAGACCAUUCGUAACCUGGUGGACUCGUACAUGAACAUCGUCUACAAAAGCAUCAGAGACUUGAUGCCCAAGACCAUUAUGCACCUCGUCAUCAACAAUGUAAAAGAGUUUAACCACUCUGAGUUGCUGGCUCAGCUUUACUCUUCAGGAGAUCAGUUCUCUCUGAUGGACGAGUCUCCUGAACAGGCCCAACGCAGAAAGGAGGUGCUGCAUACCCACGCCGCCCUAAAGGAGGCGCUAAACAUCAUCACAGACAUCUCCACCUGCACCAUUUCUACCCCUCUACCUCCCCCCGUGGAUAACUCUUGGCUGCAUGGUGGCUCCACAUUGCACCGCAGGUCUCCUAAAGGUAACAGUGUUCCAAAGAAGCAUCCCGCUCCUGCUGCUCCUCCUCUCCCCAUUCGCUCAGAACCUUCUGCCCCACCCAUCGUCAACAACAAAGACACAACCAACCUCACCAGCCGCCCCAAACGAGUCCCUCCCAGUGUCCCCAGGAGACAGCCACCAGCAGUGCCCACGCAACAGCCACAAUGAGACCUAAACGGCGUUAUAAAGCCCACCAGCGAGAGAAGAAUCAUCAAUCAUCCCAACCUGUUUCAUUAAACAGACCUCAAGAAAAUCUGAUACAUGAGAUUCCAAUUUAUUUGUCUUGGAAACAAUGGAAAAAAUCAGCUUGGUUUGACCAGUUCUGCAUCUUUUUUAUAUCCGUUUUUUAGUCAAUUGUCCUUUAGCUCGCCGAUUCUGCUUUUAGUUACCAAGAUUGAGCAACAUGCUGUCAUGCUGGAGAGGUUAGCUUCUGUUCUGUACAUAUGUUAAUGUCUGUUGUGUUGAAUAUUUUGUGUGUAGUUUCGCACUGAGCGCGUGUAUGUGAGUUUCAAUCACAAUGGUUGUACAGCCUUAAAUAAACAGAAUUUUG